GAAUAUUUAACAGUCUUUACCAAAAAAAAUUCGUACGAGUAACAUUACGAGAUCCGAACUGUUUGUAUUGAUUUCUCCGAUCUACAGUAAAUAUUCGAAACAUUCUACAGUGCCAGAACAAGUUAAUUUUUAUUUGACAGUCAACAGUUUAACGUUAGCGGAAUUUAUUAACUCGACAUUAUCUUUCUUUGUUAUCUAAAUUAGUUUCGUGAAACAUGUCGAUAAGUAUAAACAGUUACGUGUGUGAGACAUUAUUAGGACAGGGCACUUUCGGGUACGGUUUCUUUCUACUUUUUUCCAACAUUCACUCAACUCUGUUCAUUUUUAGAUCCGUUUAUCUAGUAAGGCGAAAGAAAGAUUUGAAGCCGUUUGUAGUUAAAAAACAGAAUCUCAAUAACGCGAAUGCCUUACCUUUAAAGAGCAUAUUAGGGGAAGUGCAAUGCUUCCGUACAUUAAGGCAUCCCAACAUAGUAGCCUAUUAUGGAGCUUGGAUAGAAGACAAUCACAGUUAUAUCCUCCUGGAAUACGCGACGAGAUGCACGUUGAAGGAUUUGCUAGAGAAGAAUGAGAUACCGCUCAAGGAAGAGGAUGCGUUGUACUUGUUCUCUCAAAUCGUUCUCGGUGUCCAUCACAUUCAUUUUAAAAAGAUUCUCCAUCGAGAUUUGAAACCGGAGAACAUUAUGUUGACUGGGAAUCACGGUGACAUUGUAAAAAUCGGAGAUUUUGGAGUAUCCAAAGAUUUUGAAGAAUUAAAGAACUCGUCGAUCGCGAGUUUAGCUGGAUCAUUUAGUUACAUGGCACCGGAAAUGUUAAGAGGACGACCGUACGAUUUCAAAUGCGAUAUAUGGAGCAUGGGUGUUAUUCUAUACGAGAUGAUCACGAAGAGGCAUCCUUUUCCUGUCACUAAUUUGAAUGAAAUCAUGAAGUCUAUUUGCGAGGAUAAACCGCGGCCUCUUCGCAGAGGAGUCUCGGUGUCUAUCGUUAGUCUUAUAUCAAAGAUGCUGAGGAAGCAUUCGGCGCAUCGUCCCAAAACGGAUCAACUAGUCCUCUGUCCUUACUUGGUGCCUUUCAUUGCUCGAAUUUACUUGAAUUUAGGACGAGCAACUAGUAUUGCUGAUAAAAGCGAUGGAAAGUUCGGACCGGAAGUGUUCCUUAAAUUUUUAAAACCGCAAGAGAAGCGCAAAAUGAUUUUAGCAUAAUUUAUAUAUUCAGUUAG